AUCCGUCGUGAUGGCAAGCGUGAUGGCAAAAGCUUUCCAUUGCAAGCACGCCAAUGCCUCUUUGGACGGGACGAGAAGUGUGACAUCCGAAUUCAGCGGCCCGAAUGUUCCAUGCACCAUUGCCGCCUGAUGGUCGAUGAUAACAACAAGGUAAUGGUGCAACUGGAGCCACAGAGCGACACAAACCCAACCUUGCUGAACGACCAAGCCAUAGCGUCCAUGACGACGCUGGCAGACGGAGAUGUGUUUUCCAUUGGAAGCCGCAAGUUUCGCUUC